AUGAAUUACUCAAUUGAAGAAAUAAAUGAUAUGAAAUAUAUUCGUUUUUUGGACGGUAAACUUCUGUCAAUCAUGCAAAGUUAUUUUCCAUAUGAAGACUUGUUCCGCAAUGCGCUUCCAGCAAGGAAUUUACUAUCCAUUUUGAAUAAUCUUAAAAAUAAUCACGGUCCUUAUUUUCCUGAUUUGAUUAAUUGGGUCGAAGAACAGUAUAAAGAUGAAAUUAAAUUAAUCCAGAUAAUAACUAAUAAUGGAUUUAUUGAAUUUAAAAAUUUAGCCCAAUUGUUUCCAAUAGGUCAAAAUGUAUACAUUAAAUUGGAUGGAACCAUAAUUGGAGCGAAAGUUAUUAUGACAUAUUAUGAUUAUGAAAAUUUUAUUAUUGAUUUGGAAGUAAUUAAUUCAGAUGGUUACUCAUUUAUUUAUGAGAAAUAUUAUACAUUUAUUGAUUUCUGGAAAGGCUUAUGUAAAAUCAAUAAGCUUCCAAUAAUUCCAUUAUCAAAAGAGGAUAAUAUUUAUAAUAAAUUAGUAGCACGUGGAAAAAAGUUCAUAAAAUAUGCAAUAGGUCAUCAUUUUUUACAACAUUCACAUUCUAGUAAAUAUAGUAAAGGUCGUAUUAUGGUUGAUAUUUCCAAUUAUAAGAAUUACAGUUUAGCUAGUAGUAUUUUCAAUAAUAAUUGUUAUCUUGAAUACUUAGAAGAUAUAAAAAUAAAUGAUGAUGUUAAAGAAGAAGAACUCUUCAUGUGUGUAUCUAAACUUCCUGCAUAUAGUUUUACAUGGAAAGAUUGGCAUUUUAUUGAUGUUGAGCAUUUAAAUGAAAUAACGUUUGAUAACGAAGCAUUUGAUAAACUUGUUCUUGAUCAGGAAAAAAAAAGUAUCAUUGAAAAUAUUAUAAAAUUUGAAUAUAGUAAAACAGAUAUUAUUAAUAGUAAAGGUGAUGGAUAUACUUUUUUGUUACAUGGUCCUUCUGGAGUUGGAAAAACAUUAACUGUUGAAGCAAUUUCUGAGAAACUUCAUCAUCCAUUAUAUUCUAUUAGUACUGGAGAAUUAGGAACAAAUGCAAAAGAUUUAGAAAACAAUUUAAGAAAUAUUUUUAAUCUAGCAUAUUAUUGGAAUGCUAUUAUUUUAAUUGAUGAAGUUGAUAUUUUUUUUGAAUGUCAAAAUGUACAUGAAGUUAAUCAUAAUGCUCUAGUAUGCGUAUUUUUAAGAUUACUUGAAUAUCAUCAAGGAAUUGUAUUCUUAACAACAAAUCGAGUAUAUUGCUUUGAUGAUACUUUUCAAUUUCAUAUUUCAAUUUCCUUAGAAUAUAAGGAACCAGACAUUAAAGCACGUGAAAUAUUAUGGAAUACAUUUUUGGAAUUUUUAGAUUACAACCCUAAUAAUGUGAAUAUUAAAAAAUUAAGUGAUAUACAUUUAAAUGGAAGAGAGAUUCAAAAUACUGUAAAAUUAGCAAGUACAUUAAAUAGGGAAUUAAUUACUACAGAACUACUAGAAAAAUUUAUCAAUUUAACAAGUAAGAAAAUAUUAGUAAGCAGUGCUGAUGGAAAUAAAAGAAAGUCUGGAAUCAAUGAUCAAGACAACCAACCAAAUUCAAAGAAAAUAAAAUAA